CUCUACUAUACUUCGUGAACCGCUCAAAAUGCGGGUUCAAACAGUCAUUGCCUCUGUCUUCCUCGGCGUCGGCAUAGCCACAGCGGCAGAAACUUGUGAUAACAGCUAUUCUGAAAAGGACUGUAACUGGGAAGGCACUGCUCCGUUCUGUGGUGCAAGCGAUCAUCCUGUUGGCUAUACAGAUAAUGGAUGGACACUUGUGGCAACAACUAAGUACGAAGACCAUCUGGCUCUCGAGCUCACAGGCAAGAUUAGCCUGGAAUGUUAUGAAAUCUAUGGAUCCGGCUGCGUGACUGGUUGGAAAAACUUGUGGUGCCCGCGUAUGAGUUUCUGAUAUCCUCUAAACCUCAUGUUCUAUUAACUAAUAUCCUACAGCCAGCUAGGAUGAAGGGCUUGGAGGUUAUAUAUUGAUUGGUAAUUUGUGAUUUGGGCGGCUUGCAUUACUCUAUUUCUUGGGUUGGAUAGGAAACAGUGAAUACCAAGUUGCUU